CAGCAUGGUCAACAUAGUCGGAGUAGUUUUCCUCUGCGGGCUUUCGCUCAUCAGUGCUGCACAGUUGAAGGACCCAGAAGGAGAUGGAGUCCUGCUGGACUUCCAGAGAGCCAGUCAACUCAGAUCCUUGGGACUGGAGAUUGCUGGACAUUUAAAGGACUUUCCCUUGGAUGACUCAAGCGUCGUGGAGUCCCGAGUCCCGACUCCGGAUGACCUGCAGUGCCUCAGCGAUAUGACUGCGCUAAUGGCGGCCCUACAAAGUGGUCAAUACUGGGCCCUGAAAAUGUUCGAUGCCUGGGGCUCCAUACCCUCGGGCCUGCUUGCCGGCAACAUGUACGACCUUGGAAACUUUGACGAGUGUCUGGGCAUCAGCAAGGAGAUCAUUCCAGGCAGAACCAUCCAGGGGAAGUACUGUUUUCUCUCAGUGUCCCUGGGCCAAGUGCUGGGCGUGAACAGUGCCUUCUUGGGAACCUUCAAGACGGCCACCUGCUUCCCGGCCUCCUGCUCGGCCACCCACAUGAACACGUUUGUGGGUCAAAUGCUGAAACAGCUACUCAACAUCAGCAUUCCCAGCACCGCCCUGAGUAUCAGCGAUAGCAGCUGCCAGACCAGUGAAAGUGAACCCUGGGAUGGACUCACCAUUUUCAUGAUAGUGAUCUUAUCGACUAUGGGCACUUUGGUGGCUUUGUUUACCUUGUGGGACUACUGUCUGGUUAAGAAUCAGGAUCAGCUUCCCGCGAUCGUGAAGAUUUUUUCGGCCAGGGUUAAUUCGCGUGCUCUCUUCCGCGUCGUUCAGGCCAAUUCGAAUCCGAAUGUAAUCGACUGCCUGCAUGGCAUUCGGUGCCUUUCCCUCGUUUGGGUGGUGUUUUGCCAUCAAUAUGUAAUGUCUUUGCUUUCUGCAAAUAUCAACAUUUUCCAUGCUGUUGCGUGGGAGGAGACGCCCUAUGCCAGUUUUAUUCUGCAUGGCUUCUUCUCAGUGGAUUCGUUCUUCGUGCUGGGUGGUCUCUUGGUGGCUCUGAUUGCCUUGCGUUUAAUGGACAGAACUAAGGGCAAACUGAAUGUACCUCUGAUGUAUCUACAUCGCCUAAUCCGCAUUGUUCCCCUUCUGGCGAUGGCCAUUGUGGUCAGUUUGAAACUCAUGCCCCUCAUAACAAGCGGUCCUCUUUUCGCCAGUGGAUACACACAGAAGGCGAUGUGCGAGAGGAGUUGGUAUUGGACCUUGCUCUUCGUGAAUAACUACACAAACGAUAAGUGCCUCGGUCAUUCCUGGUAUCUGGCGGUGGACAUGCAGAUGUUCCUCAUUUCGCCGCUCCUGCUGAUCGCCCUCUACAAAUGGGGCAAGAAGGCGGCUGCUGGUAUAUUCGUGCUCAUUGUGUUGCUGUCUGGCUGUCUUUUCGCCACCAUGAUGGUGAACAAGUACUCAAUGGUGUUUAAGCAAUUCUCCCUAAAUGCCCAGAGGGAUGUGUACUAUCCCACCCACACACAUGCUAUGCCCUGGCUGAUUGGUUUUCUCUUCGGCUACUUCCUGCACUUGAACAGGGGAAGGAAGUUCAAGCUGCACUGGGCAGCCGUUGGCUUGGGAUGGAUUCUUUGCCUGGCCAUGAUCUUCACCUCGAUCUUCGCCCUCUACCCGGCGGCCCAGUGGAGUGGUCCUGCUUUGUCCACUUUGGCGGAGGCCUUCUACUACACCCUCACCCGAGUGGGUUGGUCCAUGGCCCUUUGCUGGGUGAUCUUUGCCUGCAUGCAGGGCUACGGAGGACUGGCCAACAGCUUCCUCUCCUCUCCGCUGUGGCAGCCCCUCUCUAGGCUCUCCUAUUCCGUCUACAUGUGGCACAUGUUCUUCCAGGAAGUGAAUGGCCGCAGCAUGAGGACGAAUUCCUAUUUCUCGGACUACAGAACUAUGCUCAAUUUCUGGUCUACCUUCGGAAUCACCUUGUGUUUUGCCUUUGCAAUGCACCUACUCAUUGAGGCGCCUUUCGGUGGACUCGAUCAUUUCCUGGGACCAAAACGGAAGAGUCCUCCUGUCGUUAAACCGAAGUCACAGAUCGAUGACAAUGGGCCUGUUAACCUGGAAGAGCCUAAAGUGGCGGCGCCUGCACCUGCUGUGUACUAGCUAUCUGCAAUCCUAUUAGUUGUAGUAACUUAUAUUUUGAAUU